AUGACGACGACUGCUUUGAAAGUUGUUGGACCUCUCACUGCUCCUCUUCCGGAUGGUCCAGUUGGGAAUUAUUAUACCGAAGCACAAUGGAAAACUUUAAUGGCUUUGAUGGAUACGGUCAUUCCGUCCAUCAAGCGGGAAUCAGCCGGAUCGACAUCCACCCUCGAUGAAGAGCUCAUCCCGGACACGUUAUACUCCACAGCGGUCCAUCAAGUCCAACGAGUGGUAAAAAAUUCCCCAACAGAGGUCCAGAUUGAUGAAUAUCUAGCCGAGAAGCCAAGUGACAAUCCGGAAUUCCAUGAAUUGGUGAAGAGGACUUUGAUGCAAUACAGUCGAGAAGAUGCUAGGAAGGGAUUUUCGUUCUUACUAAGCGGGCUGAAUACGAGACUUGGAUCUCUCUUAUUCACUUCUUCCAUCACUUCUUUCCACGAGCAACCUAUCCCUGCUCGAACUCAGAUCCUUAACUCAUGGAGGACAUCUCGCAUUCCUGCUCUGCAAGCUGCAUAUAAGCAAGUCACGUUCGUGGCCAAGAAUCUCUGGAUCAAGACCUCUCCAAGUUUCUAUUCUGCUACAGGAUUCCCUAAGGUUCCGGACCACUAUCAGCCAGGACAGCACUUCGAGUAUAAAUUCGAGCAAUUCGGCCAAGAUGGAUUUCAAUCCGGACGAGGUGGCAAGGAAGACGGAUCUGAGGUGUUUGAAACCGAUGUCCUGAUCGUUGGAUCAGGAUGUGGAGGAGCUGUUUGCGCCAAGAACCUUGCCGAGGCAGGUCAUCAAGUCCUCGUAGUCGACAAGUCAUACUACUUUACCCCUAGCCAGUUACCAAUGUCCGAGAAGGAUGGAGGGAUUCAUCUUUUUGUUGACGGUGGAGUUGUUUCGUCUGAUGACGCUUCAAUAACAGUGAUUGCAGGCAGUAAUUGGGGAGGUGGUGGAACCAUCAAUUGGUCUGCUUCACUUCAGCCUCAGUCAUUUGUGCGAAAGGAAUGGUCCAAAGAUCGUGGCCUACCCCUGUUCACCUCGGCCGAGUUCCAAGCAUCUCUGGACCGAGUUUGUGAUCGAAUGGGCGUCAGUGAUAAACACAUCCGCCACAACCAUGGCAACGAGGUACUGAUGGAAGGAGCACGACGUCUUGGUAUGAGUUAUAAAGCUGUGCCACAAAACACAGGAGGCAAUGAACAUUUCUGUGGUUAUUGUACGCUUGGAUGCGGAGCAGCAGAGAAACAGGGACCAGUUGUAUCCUGGCUUCCAGACGCACAGCGAGCUGGUGCCAAAUUCGCUGAAGGGUUCGACGUUGAGAAGGUUCUUUUCGAAACAAUUGGUGGCAAGAAAACUGCCGUUGGAGUCAAGGGCAGGUGGACAUCUCGUAACAAGAAUGGUGGAGUGGAUGGCCCUGACACUGCUCGAGUAACCGCUUCAGUCAUCGUACGAGCGAAGCGAGUCAUUAUUUCGGCGGGGACACUAGCCUCUCCCAUCAUCCUCCAGAACAGCGGCCUGACUAACAAACACAUUGGCCGCAACCUUUACCUUCACCCGGUGAACAUUGUAGCUGCUGUAUACCCAGAAGAGACUCGUCCCUGGGAAGGUGGUAUUCUGACAUCGGUCGUCGGAUCACUUGAGAACCUCGAUAAUCAUGGCCAUGGGGCAAAGCUCGAAACGACGGUCAUGAUGCCCUCAUGGUGUUUGACCUUCCUCAACUGGAACAACGGUCUGGACUGGAAGCUGCAAGCACUAAAAUAUCGACACAUGAACUCUUUCAUAUCCAUUGUACGAGACCGUGACACAGGACGAGUAUACAAAGACCCUGAUUCUGGAUCAGCUAGAAUCGAAUAUUCUCCAAGUGCUUUUGACCGAGCCCACGCGAUGGAAGGUGUCCAGGCGUUGGCCAAGAUCCAAUUCGUGAUGGGUGCAAGUGAAAUUCAUAUCUGCAUAGCUGGGACACCAUCCUUCAUCCGAGAAAGUCCCGGACAGAGCGAGAGCUCCGAGGAAAUAACAGCUCGUUUCGAUACAUGGCUCGAGGAUAUCACGAAGAUCGGGAAUAAGCCACCAGCAGGAAUCUUCGCUUCUGCUCAUCAGAUGGGUACUUGCCGCAUGAGUAGACGAGCAAAUAUGGGGGUUGUCGAUAUGAAAGGCAAAGUCUGGGAUACGGAGGGGCUGUAUGUCUCCGAUGCUUCUGUCUUUCCCUCUGCGAGUGGUGUGAAUCCAAUGAUUACCAAUAUGGCAAUCAGCGAUUGGAUCAGUAGGGAAUUGAGUAAGGAUAUUGUGAAGGAGAAAAUGCCUCCAAUGGCUCGACUGUAG